UUUUAUCCUUCCAAUUCAGCAUAAGCCUUGCUCAAACAAAGAGACUUAAACCCGGCCGAUCCCUAACCGAAUCUUCUCAUCUCCUUUCCGUGGCGCAGAGCAGGACAUAGCCGUCUUGGGCCUCCCUGAACGUCGUCAAAAGCCUCCUCCUGAUCCUGAUAAUUCACUAUUCAAGUGGUGAUCUGUAGUGGCAGAGAAUCUAAAUCUUCAAAGGUUAUUGACAUUGUAAAUAGCCUGUUCAGGCAGAUUAUAUCACUCUUCCUGUUUCUUCUUGAUUGGUUUUCAUAUUUAGGGAAUAGUGAUAGGAUGAAGCUCAUUAAUACCUUAAAAGGUCUCCAUGUUUCUGCUGCCUCGUCCAAGAGAAUUAUAGUAUUACAACAUCGCCUCUUCAGUGCCAAUGUUGCAUCAGGGGACUUAAAGUCCAAAAGCUACAAAUACCCAGCAGUCUAUGAUCCAUAUGGACCUAGACCCCCUCCAUCUGACAAAAUUCUGCAGCUUGCUGAUCGCAUUGUUGCCCUCCCAAUGGAAGAGCUGAAACAGAUUGGGCCUACUCUCUUGGACAGGCUGAAGCAACCCAAGCCACAACCAAUAUCUUCUGCAGGUUUUAAUUUUGGCCCGCAGGUGGGGGCUUCUUCAGACAAGGCGGAGGAGAAGAAAGCAGAGAAGACAGCAUUUGAUGUCAAAUUGGAGAAGUUUGAUGCUUCUGCAAAGAUCAAGGUGAUCAAAGAGGUUAGGACAUUCACCAGUCUCGGGUUGAAGGAGGCCAAGGAUUUAGUAGAAAAGGUACCAGUUUUGUUGAAGCAAGGUGUCACCAAGGAGGAGGCCAAUGACAUCAUAGAGAAGAUAAAGGCAGCUGGCGGUGUUGCUGUAAUGGAGUAAAUGCCUAUUUAUUAAGAUGCCAAAUUCACAAUUGAUGAGAUAAAAUUCUUUUUGGUGUCAAAGUUUGAUAUUAUAUGCAUAAAUUCAUGUCAAAGCUAUAACUCUGUACAUGCAGACCUUUCCAGACAUGUAUCAUUCUUGAUAUGCAUGUGUUUUGGGCACAGAAAGAAGCCUUUCAUGUUGCAA